UAGUAUAGAGCUAAUAGUUACAUUUGUAAUUAAGCAAAAGAAAAGAAAAAAGAGAGAAGCAACUGAAAAUGGCGACGGCGUUGAUGCGAUCUGGUCUUCGAAAUGCUCUUCGCGGCGGCUCUAAGCCCUCUGCUCCUCUCAAGAGACGUUUCUCUUCCUCUGCUCAUCACGACGAUGCAUAUGAAGCAGCAGAAGCAUCAAAGUGGGAGAAGAUAACUUAUGUGGCAAUCGCCAGUUGCAGUAUUUUAGCAAUUUAUAACCUGUCAAAGGGACAUCCCCACCAUGAAGAACCUCCCGCAUACCCAUACAUGCACAUUCGCAAUAAGGAGUUCCCAUGGGGACCUGAUGGGCUUUUUGAGUCGAAGCACCAUUAAGUAAUUGAUGGCCCAUUGCAUGAAAAUAUCUUAAUUACCAUCGUUUAGCACAUUUCUCCUUCUGGCGUCAGAAAUUAGACGACCCUGGCCGUUCUUUGAAUUUGAUAUUGGUGCUUGCAUUUUGCACUCCUAUAUUGUGGAUUUUGCUACUUUUCACAUGGCAAGUUGUUUAGUUACUGGUGUUACUAUUUUCCUGUUAUCUGUGCGCUGCUUGCUGCUGAAUAAAAUUCAAUAUUAAAUUUCAAAUA